UAUGUUGACCUGCAGAGUGUGGAAGCAGCAUGUGAGUGGUGUGGACUGUGGAGAGGAGGUGGCCAGUUUUCUCACUCAGUUCGUCUCGGAAGGAAGGACAAGACUCAGAUUACUGUACCGGGGAGAUGUAGUGAAGGAUAGACCAGCCCGCAGGCUUGAUUACUACGACUUUCCAAAGAGCCUGGACUCUGACAAAUUGUACUACGCGCAGAACAGUGCCUACGUAAUUGCGUCGGAGUCAUCACUGGCGGUCUUGAACUCUCGCCUAUCGGAGCCGGUCACAAUGGGCCAAUUCCGAACUAAUAUUGUUGUCAGGGGCGCCCCGCCAUCAGACGAGGACGACUGGGCAUACGUUAAGAUUGGUUGUGUAGUCUUCAGGACGGUGAAACCUUGCCAGAGAUGUUUACUGACGACGGUGGAUCCAAUCACUGGGAAGCGACAUCCCAAACAAGAACCUCUCAAUACUCUCCGCUCGUUUCGUACAAUAAGCGAGCCAGCCAAGUUGGCCAAAGCUUGGGCUACGAGUCCUCUCUUCGGCAUCAACAUGGCUAUUGAUGUCACAGGACCUCUCGCUGUGGGAGACAAAGUCAUUGUGGCCAGAACCUCAUCCAAUCCAGAACUAACUGUUUUCUAGAACUGGCUAGAACAGCUUUGCACACUGUGAUUAGGCCUCUAACUAAUCACAACAGCCUGUUCGUUGUUGCUAGCUAUCCAGAAAAGCCAAAACAGCUGGACAAGUUUUGCAAGUUCUCUAGACUGGCCAAAACACGUGGCCAUUGUUGCUAGCCAUAAACAUUGCAACUACUACAUUACGGACAUCACAGCUACCGCCCCACAAACAUCACAACUACCACUGUUAAAAAUCAUAAGCAUCACACCUCAAACAUCACGACUACCACACCAUAAACAACACAACUAAAACAUCAAAACAUUACAACUAUCACAGCACAAACAUAUAACUACCACACCACAUACAUCACAACUACCACUCCACAAACAUAACUACCACACCAAAACAUCACAACUACCAACCCACAAACAUUAUAUCUACCAUCUCACAAACAACUUCCACAAUACAAACAUCACAACCCCCACUGUACAAACAUCACAACUACUACCCCCACAAACAUCAUUACCACACAACAAACACACCUUAAAAGCACCUAAAGUCGGUACCUGACCAGCCGGGCUGUGGCUCGUACGUUGGAUUGCGUGCAGCCAGCAGUAACAGCCUGGUUGAUCAGGCCCUGAUCCACCAUGAAGCCUGGUCAAAGACUGGGCCGCGGGGGCGUUGACCCCCGGAACUCUCUCCAGGUAAACACAAACAUCACAAACAUCAUAACUACCACACAACAAACA